AAGCACUAGAUGUGCAGCAGAAACACAAACAUACAUCAGCCGACAGUGAAGAGCGCGGUUGCCUGUUCAUCCGAAUUCAAACCACCUUUGCUAUCAAUCGAUUUACGGCCGGACGGGAGCGCUGCUGAUUGGCUGAGAGGCCUGCAGGGGUUCGAGUGGAUCUUCAUGCCCUCUGUCAGCGGGACUCAUGGACGACGGACCGUGGCAGAGCGAUGGCCCAGUGAGGCGGGGAGGAGGAACUGACCCCGACCUCCUAAAUGACUCGGACUCCAGCCGCAGCCCAGACGAGAACCAGAACCGACUGGUGGAGGAAGCGGAGGAGGUCGAACAGGGGCCCCGAGGUGGACAGAGGCCCCUCCGACAGGAGAACACUAACAACAACGGUGAUGAUGAAGAUUAUGAUAGCUCCAAGGUGGAGGACGAGGAAGAGGAAGAGGUGGAUAGAAACAGUGGUGCGUACUCUCCAGAGCUGGACGGACACAUCCGAGACUCACCGACUCCCAGCCCCAGUCCCACAGUGUCAGAGGGGCUCGUGAGCCCUGAAGGGACACCUCACGGCGAUGCUGGAUCACCCCUGGGCUUCGCUCGCUCCCUGGUGGCAUCUCUCCAGGAGCUGGGGGCUCAGGGAGACCACCCUUUUCUGCCACAGUGCCUCCAUCAGAUUGCAGAGUCAUAUAUGCGUGAGGAGGACUACGAGAGAGCAGUCGGGUUCAUACAGUUAGAGAGACUCUAUCACGAACGUCUUCUGUCUAACCUCACCGCUCUACAGCAGCAGUGGGAGAGGAGAUGGAGUUUGGUUGGCCAGUGUCAGGACGGUCGGGAAGACAGUGACCUGGAUGCUGAACACCUGGAGAAACUGAGACACAUCUGCAGAACGCACAGACAACCUGCAUGGAGCGCUGAGAAGUGUGAGCUGUCCAAAGUGCAAAGGAACAGUGUGAUCAGAGAAACACAGGGAGGAGAGCACAGCCUGAACACACAAGAGCUUUCAUGCAGCUCAGGGAAGGUUAUGGAGAAUCAGAGUACAUGUGAGUUACAACAGGAAGUCAUCCAGCCUGACAAUUGUAGCAGCGCUGCCCAACAAUCCCACCAGAGCGAACACAAACAUGACCCCUCCCCCUCCACAGACAGCUCCUCCUCUCCGACCUGUGAGGAUGCAGGAGCAGAAGAGAAGAGCGCGAGUGGGGCAGCUUCCCACAGGGAUGCCUCACCAGAGCCCGAGUCACCAAUGGACGCAGCUCAAACCGACAAUGCGGAGGCCCAGCCGCCUCAGACAGACACUGAUGGCCCCAGAGUGGUGAUGGAGGGAACAGGGGACACUGUGGAUAUGGGGCAGGAUGUGGUGGAGCCCGUCCCACACACUAAGCAGGUUUCUAUGGAACAGGAAGUUCCAGAGAUAACACUAGAGUCGGAGCUAGAGGAGAGUGGGAGUGGAGUGGAGUCGCUGGAUAUUCUAAACGUGUCUGUGCUCGAUGACAUGGCCAAACGCAUACAGGUGGAAGAGAUCACUCCAGCUGCUGGUCUUGUGUCUAUCUUGAAGAGAAAAGUCUCUCUGGAAGGAGCUACCAGCUCUGUCCCUGCUGCCCCUAAACCGGUCUCUAAACGAAAGGUCCGUUUCCGAGAGCCUGACGAAGGCCUGGACCACGAUGAUGUGGGCGGAGACUCCUGGGUGCUCCUCCUCUUGUUGUGCUUGGCUACCGUGGUGAUCAGUGUGGGCGGGACUGCGCUCUACUGCACUUUCGGAGAUGCCCAGUCCAGUGUGUGCACAGACUUUUCCCAUAACAUGGACUUCUACGUGGGACAGAUGCAGAGGGGCAUGGAUGAGCUCAAACACUGGCUGUCCCCAAGCUCAUAGCAGGACAGGACGACUCCUUUUCAUCUCCAUUUCUGUAACCUCCAAGAACUUUAAUGCUGAGAUAUCCUCAUUCAAAGACCUUUGCUGGCUCACGCGGUCACGGAUGAUGCCUAAACGGGUCCUCGAGGUGACGUCCCAGCCCCUGGAAGGCCAGUUUUUGACUCAAGUAGCCCACUGUUUACUGCCGUCAACUGAACCUCAUUUGACUUCAUUUUUAAAGUCUUAAAUUUAAAAUCUUAAUAUCACUUGGUUGACAGAGUUUUGUCUUUUAUUUAUUCGAAAAUUGAAUGACCUUCUUGGUACUGAAGAUAUAAUAAUGGACAUAAUCAUCUGUAGCCUGGACGUAGCAUUUUCCUGUGGUGAGUUUCGGACUCAUGGAAAGAUGUUUAUAGGGACAGGAAAGCAAUACAUGUAUAUUAAGAAACAAUAGAUAUAUAGAUACAGUCAGCAGAGAGGCAAAUCUCGGUUAUCAUAGUUACCAAUGUAUUAAUACAGGAAGACAAAAAUAAUUUUUCAGUAGAAUCCGCAACAUUGUGAUCAUUAUUGAAAAAUGAAAUCACUGUAGAUUCAGAUUCUGUACAUAUAGUUGACAGUGUUUUGUACCAUCCAUCAGAUUGAAUUUAUUUUAUUUUGUUAUUAAUGUAAUUAUUAUUACUAUUAAUGAUUAUCAUUACUAAUAAAAAUUGAUAACCGUGAUUUUAUGACAUAAAUCUCUAAACUUGUAAUUUUAAAGUACAAAUUCUAUGUAGAAAAAAAUAUAAAAGUUCAGAUCUUUAUUAGUGUGGGUCUAUUACAUUUUUAUAUUUAAAAAAAAAAAAAUUCUAUUAAAUAGCCUUUUUCAUUUUCCCCAUAGAAAGGAAAUUGGUAUCUAUGCUAACCAUGAUUUGUUUUGCCCUCCAGUAUGAAACUAUUUAGCAAUGGGAGCUUUUUAAGACGAAAUUGGUUCUAGAACAAGAACGUCAUAUGACAUUAAUAUAAUUUGCUCAGGCAUGUCUCUUGUUAAUAAUCUUAACAGUUAUUGCAAUCAUGGUGUUCAAAUCCAUUUUUUCUUUUUGUUAAAAUAACAUGGUCUCCAGUGUUAAAUAAGUUGGUUAUUUUUGGUUAUUGUCAUAAGUGCAUCCUGUGUUUAUUCUACAGAAUCAGUGUCUUGACAUCUUUUCUGUUUCCUUCUGAAGCACAGUCUUUCUUUGGUAAUGUCAACAUAAGUCUGCAGUAAAUGAAGUUAAAUGAACAUGUAGAUUUAACACAUAGAUGUCAGUUUGCUGUGCUCUGCUCAAGUGCGUGGACGUACUUGGCGAGAACUGUAAACGUUUAUUUCGUGUUCUCUGUUUUCUAUUUUGUAUGUUGUCUGGCUGGUUCAGAUGACAGUUAAAUGUCUUUAUUGUGUGAUUUUUCAGUAUUUAUUUAAUGCAAAGUCUUUUAAAUCAUAUGUUCUUGUGCAUGCACUCUCUUUUACUGUGUGUACAGAGACAAAUCGAACUUAUAUAUUUGUUUAACAUCAUUUUGAUUGUGUAUCUAUCAUGUGAUGAUUGCUGUAUUUCCUAAUUGUAUGAUUCAGAUUUGUUUAGUUAUUGUCUCCAAAUGCAAUGAGAUGUCUGACCAAAACCAGCUGGUGAAUAAAUCUUAUUGUUGGGACCGA